AUGGCGUCUCGCACGCCGCCAUGGCCCUCCUUGAGCAUACUUACCAACCUAGUCCCGCUGAAACGACGGGGAGCGUGGGACGCCGCGUACGGCCUUUCCGCCAACCUCACCGCGCCUCCCCCUGCCGUCCGCCUCCCCGUUUCCCUCGCUGCUGCAGCCUCCGCCAUCACCGCCGCACCCGGCGAUGCUGACGUGGCAGUGGGCGCAGAGGGGCGCGUGAGCGUGCCGCCAGCGCCGCAUCUGGAGGACUGCGCGAGGGUGACGUGGCGGCGGGAGCAGGCGGAGAGGAGAAAGGGGGUUGGGCAAGGCGCAGGGGGGGAAGGGGGAACACCUGCAUGGGCGCAAGUGAAGGAAGGAGGGCAGCAGGGGCCGCUUCCGCCAUGGAUCCGCGGGGCGGACGAGGACAACCUGGCGCUCACGCGCAUCGCCCAGACCGACCUCUGGCUGCACCAGUUCCCCCCCACCUGCUCCUCCCCAUCCUCAUCCCCAUCCGCUCCCCCACGCUUCCUGCUGGUGGAGUGGAAGCACCCGCGCGGGCACGGGCUGGGGUCGCAGCUGCACAUCAUGAGCGCCGCGCUCAGCCUCGCCUUCUUCCACGGCCGCGUCCUCGUGCCCGCACCCGGCUCCUUCUCCCACGCCACGCACAACUCCUGCUCAGGGCCGGACUAUGGUUCCCUCUCCUGCUACUUCUUCCCCCUCACCUCCCUGGCUUGCCAGCAGCAAGCGCUCACCCUGUGGCAGCAGCAGCAGGAGCACGGCCCCUCGCACCCGGUCCCCCCGCCUGACCCCGGGCCAGCACUGAGCGAGCUGCUGCAGUCAGACCUGCCCGUCGUGUUCUUCCCCGGAGUCACUCGCUUCCAGGCCAAGAUGGCCAAAGAGGCCUCCGCUUCCUUCCACUGGGGGACGCCAUGGGUGCAGCGGCAGGUGUCAACGGAGCUGCUGGGGCGGCGCUUUGACGCGGAGGGGCGCUACCUGCAGGUGUCAUGGUGGCGCUCGCAGUCGCUGCGCUUCAUGCUGCGCUGGCCCUCGCGCUACCUCUGCCACCUCCUCAACCGCGCUCGCCACGACACCUAUGGCUACCGCGUCGCCCUUCGCGUGGCUGCCACUCAAACUGCCCUCCUCACUGCCUCGGAUGGCUCUGCUGAGACUCUUUCCAGUGCUGCGGCUGAUGCAGGGGGUGAUGGUGCGGGCGGGAUGAUGGAUGGUGGUGUUGGGAGACAGCCGUUUAUCUUUCGGCCGAUAGUGAGCAUGCAUGUGCGGCAGGGAGACAAGGGCCAUGAGAUGCUGCUCUUCUCGCUUGCCUCGUAUGUGUAUCUGGGCCAUCGUCUGCGCCUGCAUGUUCCAAACCUCAAGCACGUGUGGCUCAGCACAGAAAUGCAGACUGUUGUUGAUGAAGCAGUGUCCCGCUUCCGCGACUGGAUCUUCCUCUUUACCAAGGUGCAGAGGCAAACAGGAAACAAGUUCUUCUAUUCGUAUGAGCAGUCAGCAGGCCCUGGCGCAGUAACUGCAGCCAGCUUUGUUAACCUUAUAAUAGCAUCAGAAUGUGAUUUUUUUGUUGGAGCUCUAGCUUCCAAUUGGAACAGGCUCAUCAAUGAGCUUAGGCUCACAAAUGGACGGUAUCGAUCAGGUUAUCUUGCCCUCAAUCAUGCAGAGUGCGUCAAGGAACAGUCUGUCAACAACCCUCUCGGGUUGAUGAGACGUAGCUUCACAUGCAACCUGCUACCAAGCGAGGAAGAAGUCAUACUUUCUGCCAGACAUGAAGUCACGGAGUCUGCUUCUGCAGAACGCGCCUAUGGUUUGAAGCCAGUAUCUGACCAGCUGCUUCCGCGUUCCACGUCGGUACUGGAGUGGCCUGUCGUUCGGUCAGGACAUGGAUCUGAUCAGGGUCCGAGGAAGAACAUGGAAGAUGCGCAUGUGAUGGUUGAUGACCUGACGAAGUCGUUUGGUGAUUUGUCGUUCUCGCGACGGGGAUCUUUUUACGGUGUGUUUGAUGGGCAUGGUGGUGACGCUGCUGCGAAAUUCGUGAGCAGUCAGUUGCUAGGGAACAUUCUUAGCGAUCCGUCUUUCCCAGAUCAAGUAGGACAAGCAAUCUGCAAUGCGUUCAUGCGUACCGACCGAGAGCUGGAGAUGGCGCAUACUCUGGCCAGCGAGCCAAUGGAAUCAGGGACAACCGCGCUGGCAGUUCUGCUUUUGGGAAAGGCUCUGUACGUCGCAAAUGCUGGUGAUUGCCGAGCUGUGCUGUGUCGGCGAGGAAAAGUAGUGGAGCUAAGCAGGGACCACCGUCCGUCCUGUCAGUUAGAGAGGGAGCGGGUGCACCUGGCGGGCGGCUUUAUUGUCGAAGACUAUCUUAACGAUCAACUUGCUGUAACGAGAGCUCUCGGCGACUGGCAUUUGCAGGGCAUGAAGAACAGGGCAGCAGAUGGGGAAACAGUGGUGGGUCCGCUUAUAGCGGAGCCUGAGCUACGUGAGGCAGAGCUGACGGAGGAGGAUGAGUUUCUUGUGAUUGGGUGUGAUGGUCUCUGGGAUGCGUUCCGCCACAGUCAUGAGGUGGUUUCCUUUGCUCGAAAGAGACUGCGUGUUCACAACAACCCUCAGCAAUGCUCACAGGAACUGGUGCAGGAGGCCAUUCGGAGAGAUUCUGGUGACAACGUGACAGUCAAGGAGCUUCUCUGCCAACGAGCUUCAAUCCUCUUAGGGAUGUACAUUUCAAUGUAUUGCAUUUUCCACGACUACAACCUCCAUGUGAUAUAUCGGCAUUUUUUUGCCAGCAAGACCCGUGAUGCCCUUGCCCGCCUAGCUAUUCGCAACCACCUGCCUAUCUCCGAGCGCGCACACUUCAACCAGCUUAAGACUGCUAAGGACUUGUUUGACGCUGUAGUUGCCCGCUAUUCCGCCCCAGCCACUGCCGCCGUUGGUAGCCUCAUCCUACCCUACCUUUUCCCCGACCUCGCCUCGUUUUCCACUGCUGCAGACCUCAUCUCUCACCUCCGCACUAGUGACGCUCGCUUUCGUGCCGCUCUCUCUGACGAGUUCCUCGCCGAGAACAAACCCCCCCUGUACUUUACCCUCUACAUCCUAGUCACCCGCCUUCCCGACACGCUCCGUUCCGUUAGGGACUAUUUCCUCGCUAAAGAUCCUCCCACCAUCACCCUAGAUGACUUCGAGCAGCAGCUAGUUGCAGCUGAGAAGAACAUUCUUGCUGUGAAUGCUGCUCGUGGCACUCCCCGCACUCCCCUCUUUGAGGGAUGCUCCCCCUCCCCUCUUACCCCCUCCUAUGCCUCUGCUGCUGCUGCUGUUGACCUUCUCGGCGCUGAAAAGGUCCACGCCGCUUCUACUCUUGGUGGGAAGCGCGGCGGAGGCAAGGGGGGCAAGGGGGGCAGGGGUGGCGGAGGUGGCGGCGGUGGGGGCGGUGGUGGAGGUGGCGGGGGUGGCGGAGGUGGUGAGGGUGGCCGUGGGGGUGGAGGUGGUGGGUGGGGUGGUGGCAGGUUCGGGGGCGGUGGUGGCGGCAGCGGAGGUGGUGGGGGAGGAGGCAGCGGCACUGGUGGUGGAGGUGGGGGUGGGGGUGGCUAUGGCCAGAAGGGUGGCGCUGGUGGCGGCCAGCAGCAGCAGCAGCAGCAGCAGCCGCAGGAGCAGCAGCAGCAGCAGCAGUAG